AUGUCGAAUCUAUCCGAUAGGCCAUGGACCGAGGAGGACAAGUGCACUCUACUCACCGAGAUCCUCAAGAAAGCGGGAUUUCCUUCCAGCUAUCUAGUACGGAUGAUCAAAGAAUAUGGGAUUACUCCCAACUGGGAGCAUAUUCCCCUUCCUCAAGGUCGUUCACUCAGCUCGUGCAAAACGGCCUAUCUCAAUAUGGUUCAGCAGCCCGUGCACCCUCCAACACAGCCAGUGGCUUCAUUCCCACCACCAUCCGAUAUGACCGGCCCACCAGCCCCAAUGGACCCUAGCACCAUGCGCAAGCGGCCAUUGCAUCCUUCCGACAAGCCAAUCCCUCGUGCAAUCCAACCAAGGCCACCAGCCAGCACCGCCUCUUACAGCAGCGAAAGCGGCGCAUCAGCCCAGCUCUCCCCGAGACUAGAUGUCGCCCCCGGCGAACCACCCCGUAAACGAGGACGCCCAAGCAAAGCAGAGACCGAGCGACGAAAGCUCCUAGCCGAGGCCCGUGGUGAAACUUACCCAGCCCCCCGACGGUCAGGGUGGUCUCGCAGACUCAAAGUCCCUUCUUCACCGACCAGCCCCGCGGCAGGCCCAUCGUCUACACCAUUCCCGCCGGCACCCCAAGCAUUUCACGGACCCAAGCCAAGCCCAGCCCCAACUCUCUACGACACUCCAACCAUGCACUCAGCAGUCCUACCACCUGGCCCCGGUCCCGCGCCAAAUGACGAGCGCCGCGAUAUGCCACCCCGCAUGAAUAUCAACAUGCGUGAACUACCCCGGCCCACAGAGAUGGUCCAUCCCCUCCCUUCACCACAUGCCUUACAACUAGGCCCUCCAGACGCCUUCCCUAGAUUCAGCAACCCAGCCGAGCGGCCCUACAGCUUUGCAGCAGACCGGUUCUCCCCGUCAGACAGUAGUCGGCGCGAUUCGCUCACUCGGCCUGACCAGCCAGCACCAUACUCGGAACGAACGAAUACAACUCAAGCCGAGAAACCUCCACGAUGA